AUGACGCUUCCUCACAAACACCAUGACGAAAUCGCUGAUGUAGGCUUCACUAUCGUGCGAGGCUUCCUUACACCUGAAGAGGUGGAGACUUAUAAGAAGGCAUCUCUAGUAGUUGUUGAAUAUGCUAGAGAAGGUAACUGGCCUCAUGUUCGUACCAGAGGUAAACAGUUUCCACCAUGGCCUAAGAACUUUAGUCCUGAUAUUUGGGGAGUAACUGGUCUUUUGCACCCAGACUUGAAGGAGAUGUCGAAACCUUUCCAGACAUUAUACUCAGAUAGCCGUUUGUUGAACGUGGCGCUGGACAUUUUGCAGACUCCCACAGACAACUUGUGUAUGGAAUUGUUCAAUAUGUUGAUCAAUCCACUUACUGAUUUUGGUCUUGACUGGCACCGUGACUAUAUCAAGCCAGAAGCUCUGCCUGAACAAGAAGCUGAAGACUUGCUCACUGCUCCUUAUGCUGGCACGCAAUUUAACUUGGCAUUGACCAACGAUCUGUGUCUUAUUGUGGUUCCUGGUUCUCACAAGAGAGUUAGAACCGAAGAGGAGAGAGAAAAAACCACUAACGACGACAGAAAAGAGUUCAUUACGGGCCAGAUCUCUGUUGAUCUUAAGCCAGGCGAUGUUGUUUUUUACAAUAGUAACAUUUUGCAUCGUGCUUCGUACCUGGCUAAAGAGCUUCGUUUGACUUUGCAUGGAUCUUAUGGACACUGUGACGAAGGUCACUUCCGUGCUAAAGGUGUACUUCAGCAUGGUGUUGCUGACUGGUUGCCACGUUUCGAGCCAGUCAACGACAACAUGACAAUGUUAAAGGGUAAAUUGACCAAAUUGGCUGAACAGUUUAAGGGUACUGACUUGGGCUACUCCUUGGAUGGCUAA